UGCACUUUAAAAACAUAUACGGGUAUCUACCCGGAACUGGCGUAAAUAGUGCGUAUCAAAGACUUCUUAUACAUCAACUGUUCAAACCGUCUCACAGACUCGUGCGCGGCUGUGGAGUGACUUACACUAAAUUUGGAUUUGGAAAUAAUUCGCACGCGACAAGAUGCUUGUUGAAUGGCUGCAUGUGACGGUCGCGACGUGGCUGCUGUUCAGCAUGGUACCGGUCGCCCGGGGCAACUCGUUCAUCGACGCCUACAACCAGGCUUCAAACGACCUCAUCAAUGAUGACACUAGUGUCAAAAAAUUGUACGACAACCGGGCGGACUUCUUUCUACAGGCGGUGCACGAGACCGGACUCGCCUCGUCGGCCAUUGCAGACGCCGCCAACUUCGUGAACCUGCUUGCCAUCUUCCUCAACGUGCCGACGAUCGAAGACCUGAUGAGUUAUGACAAUUUCAGGACACAGCUGGAUACUGUUGUCGCUCGGAUCAACGGCAUCUGCCCUCUCAAGGACAUUACAGAUGAUUUCGAAGAGUGUACCCGGGCGGACCGUGGGAGCCUCUGGCGACCCAUAACCGGCAUCUGUAACAACAUAGAACACCCGCGGUGGGGGACGCCAAAAAUAGCCCAACUUAGACUGGCACCAGCAUUCUGGGAAAACGUUGGGUUGGUGGUGUUCGACCCUUUGCCCGAUUACAUGACUCCCGUGGACUCCCGGGGCGUCCAGCUUUUACCCAACAUUCCACUCAUCUUUAACCUACAAGGAACUAACAGAUUCACGCUCGCAGUGACGAACCCGGGGACGGCAGAGCCGGUUUGUCAGAGAGUAAACGUGAAGAGUAAAAAGCAGGGCUUUGUCGACGGCAUUAUUGCUAGUGCAAUCCCCAACAGAGACGGGUGCGAAGUGGACUUUGAUGGUAGUCGUUACUCCGCCAGUGGGGACACAUGUAAAAGAGCCACCAUCUGUUACCAACCCUUUUAUGUCGUGAUCGAAUUGUUUCCCCGAAUACGUGCAGCAAGUAAAUUGACGAUUAAUAACGAAGUUGUGGACACAUACUCAAGUACUACGAAAAUGUAUGAUGCCACUGGGUUUCAAACGUUCUGGGUGCGCAUUCAAAACGAUAAACUUCAGGUUGGGUCGGGUAGCGAGUGUGACGAGCGGACGGUGAUACUGGAGGGCGCGACGGACCCCGGUCUUGCACAAGAAAUUCAAAAUACCAGGCAUGCGAUUUCAAUAUCUGCUGGCCAGCCCAACAAGCUUACCGCCCAGUUUCCAGUUUACGACCGAAUCAUCCUUGAGACGGAACCAGAGCGGCCCCAGUCGCUCGCCAGUCUCCCCUUCCUGUUUGAGAGCCUCGUUGUCAGGUUUGGCCUACGUACGCCGGGAGCUUUCUGUCAACUUGACAACAAGCAUGAGAUCGAAUUCGAAAACAAGGAUACAGCUGAGAAAUUGACGGUGACGUUCCGUGCGACCCGUAGCAUUAAUGAUAUCACUGUGGGGGAGGUCGUAAUCAGCUUCCGGCGCGGACAUGAAUCUGCAGUGGAGGUGACGGUAGAGAAGACAGCGGCAGUGCCGCACGUGGAUUUCUUGGACGGCAGUGGACAAUCACACACAGAUUUCUCGUCAUUCUGGGUAUCCGCCAUCAGUAAUCGUGUGUACGCGGGGGCCGGAAACGAGGUGGGGAAGAAUGCGAUGAUUGAUCUUUUCUUGAUUCCGGAAGGGACGGGCUUCUUCCGGCCCAAUGACGUCAUUGUCCGUUCCUUGGAUGGUGGCGAGUCGAAUCCAAAGCAUGCACAGUGGAUGUUUGAUCUAAAGCAGUGGGCAACGCCGCGUAAGACGUCACUGACAGGGCGGCCUCUACCGACAGCGCGUGACGUGAGCCUGGCGAUCCACACGAACAUUGGGGCUAACACCAUAUGGAGUGAUAAACUCACUAUGGCCGUCAUGCAGAUGGGUCAGUUCGUGGACCAUGACCUUAUUGCAACGCCCGGUGAGACAGGAGAAUCCGGCCACAUCAACUGCCGCUGCGUGAAUGGUUCCUACAUCGACACAGCAGAGGCGGAGAGCCGAUUCUGUUUCAACAUCAACAUCACGGAGAAGACGGAUUCGAGCGGACAACAAGGCGCGUUUCCCUCGGACAAAUUCGAUUGCUUUGCGUUUGUCCGUUCGUCUGCAACCCUCGAGUGCAACGCCGAAAACAAUCUACGCGACCUUCGUAACCGCGAGCAGCUGAACACUCUGACGGCGUACGUGGAUGGCUCCAACAUCUAUGGCUCCGAGCAGGACGAGGCAGAUGAGCUCCGCGUGCAUGACGGACACUUGCGAGGUUUUCUAGCGACGACCGAUGGCCCGAUCCAUCCGGAGUUGCCGAUCUCGACGGUAGCCGGGACGGGGGAGGCGGCCUGUAACAAUGGUGGAGACGAAAACUUCCCCUGCCGUGUAGCGGGUGAUUUCCGCGUGAACGAGCAGCCCGGCCUGACCAGCAUGCACACCCUCUGGGUCCGUGAACACAACCGCGUGGCCCGGGAGCUCGUGGAGAGCUGCGGAUACAGGGACAACAAGGCGAGGAGAAGUAACGAGCUUUACCAAGCCGCACGGCGCAUCGUCGUCGCCGAGUACCAGAAUAUCGUGUACAACGGAUAUCUACGCUCCUUCAUGGACGCGAGCAUCUUCGAUGAGUUUAACCUGAAUUCUGUCAGUGAUGGGUCUAGUAUAUACGACCCUAGCAUCAACCCGUCCAUCACCAACGAGUGGGGAAUAGCUAACAGGAUGGGUCAUACCUGGAUCAAUAGCCACAUGAUUGGGGAAGAGGCGUCGAAUAAUGCUGGAUGGGAGCUGAAGGACAACUUUUUCAGGCCUACACACAUCCAUAUAAACGGAUCGGACCUCUUCAUUAAGAACCUGUAUACCGCCAGGUGUCCAGAGAGCGACAAGAUCAUGGAGAGUGACGUCACAGAGAACCUUUUCCGGAGCGACGCGAGGAACGCCUUAGACCUGGCGGCCCUGAACAUCCAGCGUGGUCGUGACCAUGGCGUCUCAUACUGCGACACGCGGAAGGCGCUCGGUCUCAGAGUGCCGACCACCUUCCAGGAAGCGGAGAGCAUGCAGCUCUUCUCCGCGGAAACGAUCGCCUUGUUGGAACGUACUUACGACUGCAUAUGCGACAUCGACUUGUUCACGGCAAUAGUGGCAGAACGUCCUUUGAACACUAGGACAAACCUCCCCCAACAAUCUGAUUCCCGGAUCCCUGAAACGCUCAACUACAUCCAGGCGGACAUGUUCAAGAAACUUAAACUAGGAGAUCGGUUCUGGUUUGAAUUUUCGCGAGCUGGAUUGGAUGAUGAUCAAAAGAAUGCGAUACGCCAGAUUACCUUGUCAAGUAUCAUAUGUGCCAAUGUGCUCACACCCGACGACGAAAUUCAGUCUGACGCCUUCAAUACUGCGGGCCAUGGAAAUGAGCAAGUUAAAUGUUCUGAGAUACCAAAACUCGACAUUGGCCUUUUCCUGAGGGAUCGUACCCGGGAAGUGAAUGAAGAAACCCCGACAGAACGCUUGGUAGGAACCCCGGAAAUAUCUACAACCGAAGGCCCGGUAGAUACCACGGUACGAUCUCUAACACUUGAUACUGCAUUGCCGGACAACAUCGUCGACGAAAGAGCGGACGGAGGAGCGGACGGUGGGUAUACGGCGGCGGAGAUAGAUCACCUGUUGGAUCUGCUGGCUCAGUUAGAUGAGAAGAAAUUAAAUGAAGUAAAAUAGAAAACUCGGUUUACAUUUUUUAACAUCACAUGGUAUGGAAGAAAUCGCAUUGACAGAAAUCUAAAAUACUGUUGACUACUAAAGUGCUACUGUUGACAUGAGUUUCACUUCUUGUGCUUAUGUAAUCACUUUAAUGUUAUACGCAAGCGAUACUUACAUUUAUACUUUAUUGAAUUACCUAACAUGAUAAAAUUUGUGAGUGUAUUAACACAAUUAAUCAGACACUAAUAAUGAAAUAAAUGACUUUCAUAAAGAGUGGAAUUCGAACUAAUUUGUUAACUCAAUGCUGUUUUAUUUGUAUUUUGUAUGUUUCAUAAAAGUAGGACGUAAAACUAUGCUUUAUGUCUGAAAAUUGAAUAUUUGUAAAAAAAUGAUACAAGUAUAACAUUUUCUAUGAUAAAUGUUCUCCUUAAUAAUAUCAUAUAUUUGAUAUGUUUGUAGUGCGUCCUAGAUGUUAUACACUGAUUGGUACAUUGACUAUUGAAUAUAUGUCUAACCAUGUUGAUGGAUGAUGAACUGAACUGUAUGUUUAAAUCCGAAUAAACUGUUCUAUUCUAUA